GCAGAAACGAAAUAAACGGAGCGAGGGUACCAGGCUUUGGUUAUGCUUACAGCUCGUCUUCGGGGAUAAUUAAGGCUAUAAAGCUGUGAUCAGGAGGCAAGAAUGUCUGGAUAUGGAGCUGGCAAUGACAGGUUCCAGGGACCAGCCAGCAACAACCAGCCUCUGGAAUUUGGUAACAGGAUGGGUGGGGGCGGCUCGCCGGACAGCGGGGACCGGCGCGGCUCUCGGGCGCGGGGUGGCUCUCGCGGCGGCCGGCCCGGCAUCGGGCGCAGCUACCAGGACAACGGCGGCCCAGACGCCGGCGGCGACUUCAACGGCAGGAGGAACGAUGUCUCCGGUAGUCGGCGAGACCGCGGACGCCGGGAUGGCAGUCACAACAGCGGAAUACAGAUGGGCGGCAUGGUGCCACCGGGGGGUGUGUGA